AUGAACCUCACCGCAACUCGCGCAGCGUUGGUUGCUGCCCUCGCCGUCUCGAACGUAGAGGGUUACACGAACCCCAUCAAGAUCAAGGGCUACCGCAUGUUCGACGCCGGGACGGGUGACCCCGUAGCGAUCAAAGGCAUCGACUACUAUCCCCGUCCGAAUGCCGGCACAAAGAACUUGAACAACGUCGACUUCUUCACGGACGACCAGGAAGACAUCUGGGGACCAGACAUCGAGUAUCUCGCCGCCACGGGCGCCAACGCGGUGCGUUUGUACGCUGUGGAUCCUUCCAAGUCGCACAAUGCGUUCAUGUGUGCUCUGCGAGCGAAAGGCAUGUACGCUCUCAUCGACCUUACGGCCAGGGACCCGUACCCGGAUUGCUACAGUGGUGAUCUAAAGACCCGCGGGGAGCAGAUUAUCCUCGCCUUCGCAAAGUAUGACAACGUGCUGGUUCGAUUGCUUGACAGGGUUUUCAGCGCUGGAAACGAGGUCAAUAACGUGGUUGGAGAUGACGCCUCGGUUAAUGCGCCUUGCCAGAAGAAGUUCAUUCGAGACAUGCGCAAGUUCAUCGCCGGCUGCAAGAGCAUCCGCCAGGUCCCCGUUGGUGUCGUACUUGCUGAUCCAGAUCUAUCCAAGAACAACCGCGAGCUCAACGCCAAGUACUACAACUGCCGCACCGAUGACGAGGACGAGUAUGAAAACGCCGAGUGGUAUGGAAUCAACGCGUACCAGUAUUGCGACAAUACGGCCAAGAAAAUCACCGACGGCGGCGCUGGCGGCUUCAAACAGCUCCAGACGGACUUCCUGUCCUAUGACUUGACGAUCCCAGUCAUGCUAACCGAGUACGGGUGCCUCAACGAGGGUUUCCCGAAGGUUGGGAACUAUGAAGCUCAGCGCACGUGGCUUCAGACCCAGUGGCUCUACUCGUCAGACUUCCGUAAGGUCUUUUCGGGUGGAUUCGUCUUCGAGUACUCCACCGAACUGCAAAACUCGGCGUACUCUAAGCCAGCAUCAGCUUAUCCUUUUACGAGUUUUGGCCCGCAAAACUACGGACUCGGCUACUUCUCACCCGCCAACUGCGAUCACAUUACCGAGCCGUGCGUGUACAACCCGAUGCCCAACUACGAUAACCUGGCCAAGCAGUACAACGCUACCGAUAUUUCAGGCGAAACCAGCAUGAACGAGUUCACCAGUGACCGCGUCACGCUUCCAACGUGCCCGACCGGGUUCCCGAAAUUGUCGGAGAUCACGUGGGUUUCUGACCAAUACGCGAGUCUGGCGUGUCCGACGGCAAUGCAGGCUUACACUUGCUACGGUCAGAAAUCGAGUGGCACUUGGGCAAGCGGCUCGGGAUCGGGUACAGUCGACAUCCCUCCUAGCAAUAGCAGUGGCAGCGCCGACACCGACAGCAGUAACAACGUCUCGUCGUCGGCAAUUACCGACGUCGACAGCAGUAACAGCAGUUCGGCGUCGGCAACUACCGGCACCACCAAUACGUGCGGAGAGACUUCUCAGUUCCUCACGUUGCUCUGGGUGAUUUCGAGCGCGCAGAUUUAA